GUUCGUUCUUCCUCACCUUUGAUAAAGGGAUCGAUCGCUGUCCCGCACGUCCAUCCGUGUGACGACCUUGUUCUUCUUGGUUUUUACCUGAAAAGACCUCCCCCUCCUCCCACACCCGUUGCUCAACGUUUUCUUAUAUACACCCAUACAUACAUACAUACAUACAUACAACCGCCCACCACUCUCGUUAGAACACAGGGGUUAAAUUCAAGAAGCCAACACGACCAAAAGGAAAACACAUAACCAAACAAAAGGAGCGUCACUGCAUCUUCCAUCUGGAAACACUGCGCCGUUAUAAUCCCUAAUCUACCUACCUACCUACCGAAAGAAGAAAAUGUCGGGCCAGAUCGAGUACAAUCAGAUGCCAAGAGAGCCCGCGCCAGCCGUGCUCUCAGAACGCAGCUUCAGCGCCGAGCAACCUCGCCCGAACCAGCCCAUGACGAUGGACCAGACAAUGAACCUGCGCGGCGGAGGCGGCGAUGGCGGACUAAUCGACGACCCCCGCUUCCUCAAGGCCGUCUGCUGCGGGAUCUGCGCCGGCCUCUGCUGCUACGAGUGCUGCGACUGCUGCUGCUGCUGCUGCUAGUGGCACCCUCCCUUUUCCCGACUCGCCGAGUCGAAGGGGGCUCUUGGAGGUUGUCGGCUUCGAGAUAAGAGAUCGAUGUCGCCCCCCUCGUAACGAGACGCGUGCGUGGGGGGAUCGAACCGAGUCUGGGCAGCAGGGACAAAAGGAGGUGGUCUAUAUAUGGACAUAGGGAAGUGGCUUUUUUUUGUGGCUGGGGAAACAAGGCGUAUACACCAUCAUAUACCAGGGCAUCGGGUUCCAUGCCCGAGGCGUUUUUUUCUCUUUCUGUCACACUUUUGUAGAAUACCGUCCUUAAACAAUUGUACUUUUUUCUCCAUUUUUUCACAUAGG